AGGAAAUAGAUUGAAGGAAACAAAAACAGCAUGAGUGAAAGUCAGCCGUCUCAGUCUGCUGUGAACACCACAACUCUCACGUCCCUCUCUCUCCUCAGAUCAGAGCCAUGCAGUGCAGAGUCUCAUCUGUUGCCCUGCUCCUUGAGUUCUGGGUGCUCUCUGCUUGUGCACUCCAUCAGUUUCAUCUGGUCACAACUUCUCUGAGUUGGCCUGCUGCCCAGAGCUACUGUAGAGAGCACUAUGUUGACCUGGCGACCGUAGACAGCAUGGAGGACCUGCAGGGUCUGAUAGACAAGGUGAAACACAUUGGACAGGUGUAUUUGUGGAUAGGACUGACUAUAGACAGGAGUGUCAGCAGCUGGAAGUGGUCUCUUUCAGGCAGUCAGUUCUACAGAGAAGGAGAGACGGAGUACAGGAACUGGGCGCAGCCAAUCACAGGCCAGCCCUGCGCUGCACUGGUCAGCAAAGAAGCAGGAGUAUGGAGAGACUAUGCAUGUACAAAUACUUACUCUUUUGUCUGUUCUCACAGUGGUAAUGAUCCUGGCAAGCCAAAGUACAUCCUGGUUCUAGAACGAAGAACUUGGAGACACGCUCAGAUCUACUGCAGACAGAGUUACACAGACCUGGCCAGCAUCAGGAACCAGGCUGAAAAUAUCGAGAUACAGCAACUUGUUCUGGGAGAGAAUUCAUCAGCCAUCGUCUGGAUCGGUCUGUUCAAAGACGACUGGAAGUGGUCAGACCAGUCUACCUCCUCCUUCAGACACUGGUACAAUGACUAUCCAUAUUAUCACUCCGACUAUGACUGUGCCUUAACACAUCCAUCUUGGUCAUCAUAUCCACGGGAUCCAUGGCAGUGGAUUUCUUACCCUUGUUCUUAUUUCUCGUAUUUUAUUUGCCACAAUGGGAGCAUCACAAACACGACCAUACUGAGCACUCUUGGGAGCACCACUAAGACUCCUACUAAGGUGAAGCUGGUGGUGAGAGUGGAACUGGUUCCUAAUUCACCUUCAGACUUAGAGGAUCCUGCCAUGUUGGACUCCAUCUUGCAGCAAAUGAAGGCAGCUGGGAGGAUCCCAGAGCACAGCACGCUGAGAUGGAAGAAGCAGAAGGAUGGGAAGGUUUUCCACAAGAAGGAGGAGGAGGAGGAGGGAGGAAGAGGAGACACGUGUCAUUAACAAGUCACAGCUACUAAAUGUUGUUAACUGUCUCUUGUAUCUCUGACAGUGUCGAUGAUGUCAAUUACAUUUCUGUAACUGGCACAUGACGUCCUUAUCACUGCAUACAGUUUAUUUGUUCUUAUUAAUCAGGUGGUGGGGUAACAUGAAACUAGAGAGGGUACAAUUUCUGGGGAAAUUGUAGGGUGUGCUUGCUUGCGUCGGUUGCACAGGGGUCCGUUUUAGAAUGACAUUUUUACAACUGAUAUUUCUGUAUAUGUUAUAUAAAAAUGCAUACUUAUUAUUUAUAAAGAUUACAUAUAUUCAAAAGCAUAUUUUUUUUGCUGCUCAUUUACAACUGAAAAUACGAGUGAAGUGUAGAAUGAAAUAGAUGUCUUCUCAUUUCCCCUGCAAGAGGCAGCCUCAUCGUUGAAUCAAAACUAAUACAUUUGGCAGACCGGUGUAAAAAUUGACCUAAUCUCUAUGAUUUAAACGUCAUUUUAAGUUUUUCCCUUCUCAUGAUAUUUUCAGGCAUUUAGCCUACUCAUUGCAUUCAUUCAUUAAUAAAGAACCCCCUUUGAAGAUUAUUCUACGACGUUACCCGGCAGUAGAAGAUGGAAUCGCGAUUCAAACAGUACCAUCUGCUAACUGAAAAUAUGCCCCCAAAACGUAAAUAAGCUUGACAUUUAUUUAGUGGAAAAUCGCUCAUUUAUAAAAAGCUCACUGGUAGCGAUCAUUGUCAGUAACAACGCAAAAUGCGAUAUAGCCCUGUGUGGAGAAGCUGCCCCGGUAAAUUGUACUACUACGGUACAGUACUAGACUACUGCUGUGUUCGUCUUGGUACUGUAGCGAUUGCGUUGGUUGAAUUGGAUUUAACGUUCAGUUGUACGGUUUAAGCUGAAAUUAAUUAUUUUCAUGAACAGAUUGACAACGUUUAGGCUGUGGCAAUGAAGUUCAGGUUAGUAGUUAGAUAGACUUUUGAUUUAAGUAAGGGGAGUGCCGAACAUGUUCUGUCACCGUUUGACUUCCUACCAGUACAGCUGUGUAGAUGUUUUUGUAGUGUCUCGCGUAGGCUACAGCGUUGCAGUGAUACACUAGAUUGAAACCACAGGUAAUGAUAAUUUCACUCACAAAUCGUUUACUUGUAAUCUAAUGUCAUAAUAAA